AUGGCUCAGAAAAAUACCACUGGCCAUGCUGAUCCCCCGGAUCCGACUGGCCUCUACAAGCGCCUCCACAGUUCCCACCCUCUACCGGCCGUGACGUCACAGGUCCGGCUCCGAGAGCAGCCGGUCUUUGCCCAUCGCCAGGGUCAAGAACGCAGGGAGGACGGAGAGAGGAGGACCAGGGACCUUCUGCACCACGGCACCCAACACACCUCCACUGUCCAUGUCACGCCUCCCCGUCGUGGGCCUACUGUGAGCCACCCGCCAAUGGAAGUUCUCAAGGUGCAGUCCCACCUGGAGAAUCCCACCAAGUACCACAUCCAGCAAGCUCAGAGGCAGCAGGUGAGGCAGUAUCUGUCCACCACCCUGGGUGGUAAAGCCGGCAGCCAGUGCCCCAGCCAGCCCCCCGAGCACGGCAUGCCACCCGGACCCGGCAGCAGUGCCCCCAACAGUCCCAUGGCCCUGCUCACCCUCAGCUCCAACUGCGAGAAAGAGGUACACAUGCACAUUACCAAACAACUUUUAAUCUCAUCACAUUCUGAUACUCUGAUAAACUGUAAUUAUUUAAUCAAAUGUGGUUUUAUGAUGCAGAUGGAUGAUGUCAUUGAUGAUAUUAUUAGCUUGGAGUCAAGUUACAAUGAAGAUGUUCUUGGACUUAUGGACCCAGGACUUCAAAUUAAUAACCAGCUCCCUGUGUCUGGUAACCUUCUCGAUGUGUACCACAACCCAGGACUUCCACUCCCUGGCCUUGGCAUCAGCAACUCCUGUUCACCCAACAUUAAGAGGGAAUACACAGCUCCUGGCAUGAAGCAAGUACUGGACAAGCCGGGAUCCUGUGGCCAGUAUGAAAGCUUUCAAAGGCCAGAGGGCUUUCCAGUAGAGGCUGAGGUUCGUGCUCUUGCUAAAGAGAGACAGAAGAAAGACAACCACAACUUAAUUGAACGAAGACGGAGAUUUAACAUCAAUGAUCGCAUCAAGGAGCUGGGAACCUUGAUACCAAAGUCAAAUGAUCCAGACAUGCGCUGGAAUAAGGGCACCAUUCUGAAAGCCUCAGUGGACUAUAUCAGGAGGCUACAGCGGGAGCAGCAGAGAGCCAAGGAGCUUGAGUGCAGACAGAGGAAGCUGGAGCAUGCAAACCGCCAUCUGAUGCUUCGUAUACAGGAGUUGGAGAUCCAGGCCCGUGCUCAUGGUAUUACAGUGGUGUCAUCCCCAUCUGUCUGUACAUCGGAUUUGAUAGUGCGAGCCAUUAAACAGGAGCCUGUCCUUGGUGACUGCCCCUCAGAUGUCUACCAUAGCUCAACUCCUGACAUGUCCCCUCCGACCACACUAGACCUCAACAACGGCACCAUCACCUUCGACCAGAUUCCUGCAGACGCUGGGGACCAUGGCCAUUAUGGAAACUCCAGGACCUGUAAAAUGAAGGAAUUGGUAAGGGACAACACCCUGUCGCCAAUUUCCCCAAGUGAUCCUCUGCUGUCCUCGAUGUCCCCAGAUGGCUCCAACAACGUUAGCAGCCACCACAGUUCCUGCUCUAGUAUGGAGGAGAAGGAGCAAGGCUGUUAGCAUUGUCCAAUGCCAUGAGCCAUACUGACACUUUGUAUCUGUAGCAUCCCAAUGAGGCACCUCACCUUAAAGUGACUCCAUAUUUUUGUAAGUUAAAAAUUAGUUAUAAGUUACUUUUUGCCAAUUUAUUGCUGAACUCUAAUGUUCAAAUACUGUUUGUUAAUUUAAUUGAGACAUUUCAGUCCCUCCACUGUACACAGUAUUUUUACAUUCUUCUAAUCGUAAUGCCGUAUAGGACAGUUCAGAAUCACUUGUCAAUAUAGAGGGUGACUGACAAACACGACAAUCUGCUGUUAUUAUAGACUUGUCAACUUAAUAACAUUACUUUUUUUAGACUGUUUAUUUUUGUCUUUAUUUAAACUAGGAUUUUUCAUAUGUGUCCCAAAUAUACCAUGCUCUGUAUUGAACUGUACUGAGAUAUGUGAAAAUGUUUUGGUUGGUGAAAAUGUUAGUAAAGUGCAAAAGUUUACUGUAAUGUUCAAACUUGCCAGAAAAAAAAAGAGUCAAUCUAACAGUGUUUAACUUCCGAAGGUUACAUUGCAAGAAAAUGCACAAAAUAUAAUUUGGUAUUUAAAUAUUAAAGGAUCAAGAGUUGCAUAUUAUUGCAUAUUAGUAAUUGUUUCUAGACAUAUUUAACAUGUAUUAUUACCCCACGCUUUUGUAUUCUGAAGAAAUAACAAAUCAAACAUUGUCAAGAUGAGAAGUAUUAUUAUUGUUAUUAUUAUUAGCAUCAUUUAUUUAUUUUAUUUUUUUAUCCACUGAGAGCACAGACAUCACAACUUAACUGAAUUUGUACUUUGUGUAUUAUUUUUAAUGAGUAAAUACACAUAACAUUUUUAAACUGUGGGUUAGGUGACAAAAAAAGAAAAAAGAAAGGAAAUAAUGGUCUUGUUUUGGGUCCACAGAUGACAAAAGUUACCUGAUACAUUUACCUGGUCCAAAAACUGAUUGACUGACUUUUUUUCCUGAUAUCUGACAUGAAACAUCUUAGUAAUUUGUUAAUAAUAAAUGUAAAAUAAAUAAAACAGAUAAAUAAAUGAACUCAAAGUGGUUUACAUGCUAACAAGGGCUCACAGCAGCCUUUGCCCAAAAUGUAUCAAUUGCUUUGUAGGCACUGAUCAACCAGUUAUUUCAUCUUGUCCUGCAUAACUCAGAGCUGAGUAGAUGUAUACUGAGGGGAUUUUUUUUAUGUCUGUACAGAACUGGCUAAAACUAUAUGAGACA